AUGCAGUUAAAGUUUUACCUUGAAGCUAUCAUCGGCAAUCUAUUUAUUUUCCUUGGAAUAAUCUCUACGCCAUGUUUUUGUAGCACUGGUGAGUAUGAUUCCCAUGGUAAUUUUUUAAGCUUCACCGCACCUCUAUGUUUUCGAAAUUAUUUCAAGAACUAUAAUUAUACGCUACCUGCUGAUCAGAGCGAAUAACAUAAAAAAAUCCCCCUCAGAGAAGACUAUGUAAGGUUUACAUGCAAUAAGAUAUUGAGAUAACAUUCUUUAAUGCGCUUCUUUACCAAGUUAAAACAGGUUGAUUCGUUUUCUCUCGCACAGGUGACGAUUGUCGAAAUAUCAUAUUUAGGGACCCAAAACCAAAUAUGGCAAUGAGAAAUCACGUGAUCAAAAGUGCAAAAGUGCCGAACGUUGGGAGCUGCAGGUUGAUGUGUUAUAUGGAGCCUAAUUGUGUGUCCAUCAAUAUUGGACCAGUAGAGGGAGAAAACCAAAACUGCGAGUUGAAUAACGCAACCGAGAAAAACCAAGCUCCAUUUCUUCUUGUGAAUAAAGAAGGUUACACAUAUCUUGCAAUCGAGGUAAAUUUCACAUUCUUAUCAAACUGAGGGAAGUCAGACACAGAUGAAUUUGUUUCAAUUUUUAGGCAAAAGCAGCCUCCACUUUUUUAACUUUUGUUUUUGCCAACAGAAUCCAUGCAGCAGCAGCUCGUGUUUGAACAAUGGCACCUGUCAAGCUGGAUUCACCAGUAAAGGUUUUCGUUGUGUUUGUCGCGAUGGAUUUACUGGAGAAAACUGCCAAGGUUAAAUCUGCCUUUUCAUUUACUCAGCUUCUUACGUUGAUCUACUGUUUUUGUUCGAAGUAAUUGGUUCAUUGCGGUUCAUUUGAGGGGAUUUGGAAAUUCAUCAAAUUUGACUCCUUAGACAAUCAAUUAUCCACUGAAGACGAAUUAAUGAACGCGUCAUACCCAAACUCCGAAUAGAUCCUAUAAGUUGUGUAGGAAACAAGCCCUAAUUUUUAAGGUUCUUGUUCAAGUAUCCUCUUGUAUUUCUAUGUUGCAUUGGAUUAAAGAACGCAUUUUACAGAAAAGAGAGUAAAAAACACAAUUUACGGUUAUAAAAAAAUGUAUAUCUUUCAGUUUUUUUUAAUUCUUAAAUACUGGUUUCAUGGCAACAAAAAGGCGUUUUAAAAGUUGUAAACAUUUAAGAGCCAGAUGAAAUCUACGAUUUUUUUCUCGUUGAGAAAUAAUGAAGGGAGAAUCCUUGGAAUAAUUCUAGUUCUUCAGAAAAAAAACAAUAUUACUUUCUUUUGCAGCUAAAUGAAAAUGCAUUGGAAUUAUAAUACAAAAGGACAAACGAUGUGUUAGACAUCAAACCUGACAAUUUUCUCAUUUAUUCACAGCUCUAAAGAAAAAUUGUGCCGACAUUUACAAAGCUGGGGAAAGAGAAGAUGGUAUGUAUACUAUUAGGACUGAUAAUUUGCAAGCCUUUGAGGUAUUGUGUGACCAAACGACGCUGGGUGGAGGAUGGAAUGUGUUUCAGAAGAGACUGAACGGCUCGGUUGAUUUCUACGUUAACUGGAUCGAUUACAAACAUGGCUUUGGUGACCUGAAUGGUGAAUUUUGGUUAGGAUUGGACAAGAUUCACCGCCUGACUUCAGAUAAUAACAACAUGCUACGUGUGGAUUUGGAAGACUUUGAAGGGAAUACGCGUUAUGCCGAGUAUUCCAAGUUUGGUGUUAUGAGUGAGAAUGACAUGUACAAGAUGACCCUUGGUGAUUAUUCAGGUGAAACAAAAAGUUUUUUAUUUUUAGAUUAAGAAGGGAGCGGUAGUGUUAAAAUCAGUAUGUUAGUAAACUCAAGGGCUUGAACAAAUAGAGAAGAAUGAUCGAGCGUGGGGAAAUAAAAGGUGGUUUCGGUUAAACGCGUUAAGCUGAUGCUGCCGUUAUGGGGAAGUACGAAUUUCCGAAAAAGUGGUUAAAUCAUUUUACAUCGAUAGCUUGCAAUGGACGAAAAAAAAAAAAAUGAAUCACUAAAACCUCAGUCAGCUCAUCAACAUGCAAUCCUGGACGGCGUACACCAGACAAUGAUCAAAUUUGAAUAAAAGCCUUUUUAAGUAUCUCGACGAAUAUACCUAUAAGCAUUACUACAUGAAUCAAUUCAUUUCACAGAUAUAUUUUUUUAUUAAUUUCAUUAUCGCUAAAUUGAUCUGUUUUACUCAUUUAACGGUUUACUAUAGGCCGUAUAAAAUUUUGAUUUGUAAUGUUAAUUGUGAAUGCUAAUAACAUUGUUCACUUUGUCAGGAAAUGCUGGUGACUCUCUCGCCUUGCAUCGGAAUAUGCCAUUCACCACAAGAGAUCAAGAUAAUGAUAAACAUGCUGAUAACUGCGCCAUUAAGUACAAAGGAGCCUGGUGGUACAAUAAAUGCCAGCACUCGAAUCUGAAUGGGUUUUAUUAUGGCGGUCAGCAUUCCUCUUUUGCUGAUGGCGUGAAUUGGUUGCACUGGAGAGGGCGGCAUUACUCCCUCAAGAGAACCGAGAUGAAAACAAGACCAGUGGAUUUCUGAACUAUCAUUUUUAUUGCAAAACUUUAGCACAGUACUAUUUUGAAAAAAAUCAACGACUCAAUUAUGUUUGAAUUUAUGUUCUGUAUUAACCAAUAACUGACUAGGGCCUGUUUAUGCAGAGGUGGGGGACUUCAGGUAGGUGAUCGGAGGUAACCCGCUUAGGUGGGGUAAAUAUAACCUCGCUGUCCAUGUAAUCUCUUAUUUCAUCUUGAUCACGUUUAAUCCGCCUAGUCCGCUGGGUAGGGUAACCCUGUCGGCCUAGUAUGAAUUUAUGUUCAGUACUAAAUAAUCACCAAUAAGUUGGUACCUACCGUUUUAAUCUUUCAAGCUUGUUUAGACUUCUGUUUGCUUCUGUGUGAGUAUAAUCUUUUAUAAUUUCUCUUGGAAGCUUCUGGGGAAUUGAUUGUGGUCCUUGCUAUGUUUUUCAAAUCAGGACUUGAAAAGUUGAAUCAGUAGAAUAGAUCAUUCAACCGAUAAGGAUUUUGUUUAUGAUGUCUCUGACGUUUCAUUCGUAUUAUGUAGUAUCAACUCGUUUUGUAUUACAACAUACUUCAUUGAGUUACACAUGGUGUAUGCACCACGCGAAGGAAACAUUGCUAAUGUGAAACAUUUUGUUCAGUUUCAUUGCCUGACUUAGCAAAACGUCAGGGUAAUAAACCCAGAUACAAGCCCCGCGGUACCCAGUAGAGGAUUAAGUUUUCUCUCUGGGUAAUACGUGCUCUAAUUUUUUAAUGUUUGGUCUCAGAUUUUUACUAGCUUAAGGAAACAAAAAGCGAAUUUUUAACAUGUAGCCAUCAUUCUUUCCAGGACACUCAUAGAUAAUAUUUCUAGUAUAUCAUUUUUAGUUUCUGGUUUCCUAUUUUCAUCAUCAGAACGGGAGCAAAACAAUUACGCACUCUUUUGUGACAUAACAACGCUAUCAAAAUGAAAAUGUUCCUUAUCCAAUGCAGAGUUACCUCUGCUGGUCACGAUUUGAGCGUGCUUGAUAUGAUCAAGAUCACCGGGGAGAAUUGGAAAUGGAAUCCUCCAACUUUCUGCCAAACUCUAUAUUUCGCCAAAACUUAGCGCAGAAAAGUCCAAUUCUCCCUAGCGAUCUUUGCAACACUAAUUUGCAAAUAUAGACAUUGAUAUUAAUGACCGCGUAACAAUACAAUAAAAAGAAUUUAAAAAACGAUUAAGACGUAAAUAGGACAUUGAAUGUCAUCUGCUAUAUAUGUGCAAAGAAGUUUCUUUUGGUGAGACAAACAAACCUCCUAAAGUAGUAAAAUCUCCAUCAGUUUAUUGAUGUGGAUUGUAGAAACGAAGAAAUCCAUCGACAAACAGAGAGAGAAUGUAAAGUAGGCAAAGUUUAUCAUUUUAACCAUUAAAUGAUAAACUGUACCUUUCUCGAAUAGACAGCCAGCUUCUUAAGUACAUUGUAUGUUAAGUGUUGAUUUAUCAUGAUCACAUCUUACUUUCCUACUUGCAUUUGGUGCUGUAGCGUGGACGGACAAGAUCACUCCACUAAGACAGAGUCACCGCAGGUUAAUAUGUAGAGCUGCGGCUAAGAAUAUAUGAAAGUCAUAUAUAUAUACGACUAUAUAUAUAUGGAACCAACAUAAUGACCAGCUCCCAGUUGGCUUGUUGGCUCAGUUGGUAGAACGCUGCACCGGUAUCGCAGAGGUCAUGGGUUUAAAUCCCGUACAGGCCUGAAUUUUUUUCAGGCCUUAUUUUCACUACUGCUCGAGUAGUGCACAUUACUGCGAGGAUCACUUUCAUUCACAUUCAUGUAGAGCUGCGUCGGUAUAAGGGUUUCACUGGCAAUACGAACGGCAAGGUAUUGGGGACUAUUGUUAGUCUCUACCGGUGUUUUUUUUGUCCCAGCUCAAGGCAUUCAAAGAAAUUAUGUUGAUCGACGAUGAAAGUGAUAUCAUACAUAACAUAACAUGCUCUUUUACCAGGAGCAUUCGACUGGAAGUUGAGACUUUAGUUCGAAUUUUGUUCGUCCUCGGGCUCAUUUAUUCCAAAUUGCACCCGAAAUCGUGUGAUUACCCGUACAAAUACGUCAUUGUAUUAGUAGUAUGUUAAGGAUCAAAUGCUCUAUUGGUCUUUGUCACAGCCAUAAAUUUUUAUCUACAAUCAACAAGUUCUAGCUCUCCCAUUCCCUCCCCCGCGGACGAGAGAAUGAGUUGCGUGACAAGCCCACACAAAAGCCACGGAGACAAACGUUUUAGCAAUAUAAAGCUUAUCAAUAAGAUAUAUGCGCACUGUGUUUCUGUUCCCCACCAUUACUGGCCGCAGUUAGUCAAUUGCAGUUUGGUUUAAAAGUUAAACUUUUUUUCCAAAAACACUAUACCUUACUGAAUUAUUUCAGAUACAUUCAGGGUUGUGAUGAGAUAAAACCAGGCAGUGUCAGGGUUAACGAUAAAAGCAAUGAUCUAAUGACCACUAAUAAUUUGAACAGCUGAACAGCAAAAAGCAAAACAAACCGUUAUGCUUUGUAACCAUAGUGACAACACUUCAAAAACUUCUGUAGAGGUUAAUAAGACACGAUUUCACUCCUGAUACGAAGCAAACACGGAAUCAAACUACGAAAAACAUAUUAUUGAUCAGAAGGUAAGAAAUAUCUUUUUGAGCUACUUAUUAAUAUCGCUUUGACCAGUUUUGUUAAUGGCAGAUAUAAUUUUGAAAAAUUCUGAAUAAUAUACCGAGAAUCUAACCAAUUAACAAUUCAGUACAUUCUAUCGCAUUCUUACGGUCAAAGUUGCCACAAACUUAUUAUUUUCAUGUAUAUAACGAAGGAUUCUAUUACGUCGUACUGGAGAGGUUGGUUACCUUAUAAAAAAGAAAAAUAAUUAAACUUUGAAUUUCAAAUGCCAACUAACAUUUCAUUGGUAGCAUGUCUGUUUAACACGAACGGCAAAAAUUUAUUUGGCCUGCAUACCAACUCUGUCUGCUUGUAGACUGACAGACAGAGCCACAAAAAUACUGAAGCAAACUUUCGGGGACGUCUCUUUGACAUUUAUCACAUGUUUUGAUCAAUGGAGAAAAAUCGAGUGUAAAAUAAUUUACGCUCACUUAUUGCUGAAAGGCAAAACAAAGGCUAAAGAUGACAACAACUUCAAACUUAUGUCGUAAGCGUAAUGUAUUCCAUUUCCGUUUUAACCGAAACUUUUUGAAAUAUUGUGACUAACCUAACGAUAAAUUGGGAGAGUGGAGUAGAAAAUUGAUAAUUUAAUAGGGUUUACAUGACUUGUAAUUUCUACGGAUCCGUUAUUUUUUUCUUCUUAUGUCUUUUGCAGCGGUUAACUUACUCGCCUAGAUAAAUAUUUAAUAGCGUGAAGUUCCACGAAGCUUCCAUUUUUCACGUGAGGAAAUGAAAAAGCCCGUCAGCAUGAUGACGUCGAUACUUGCGAUAAUAUAACUAAAUGAAGUACUCGUUUUCGAAAUAUCAUGAUAAUUAAGAUUUCUGUGAAGUAGAAAUAGCUGAGGAUAAAUGCUGAAGGCCUGCACAUUCAAAUUCAUAGGAAACAGAAUGUUUAAUUACUCAGGACAAAUUUGAUAUAGCCACUUUUUUUUACCUUGAAACUAUAUUUUCAAUUUAUAGCAAUGCACUUGAAGUUUAUCCUUGAGGUUAUUAUUGACAAUCUCAAUAAUUUUCUUGGAAAAAUCUUUACGCCGUUUUGUUACACAGGUGAUCAUGAGUAUAAUUCCGCUUUUAACUUUUUUUUGUCAUAUUUUUUUAGUGUCACUGUUAGUACUUAUGAUCAAAGCCAAAAUCUCUAAGCAGAUAACCUAAUCUAAUUCACAAUGUCUCCUAUUAUCCGGAAUACAAGAAACAAAUAACGAUUGAUGAAAACCAAACAAGCUACAAAACAUAUAUUUAUAUUGCAGACCAUGAGACAACGUGUUUCUUCAUCGUGUUUACAAAAAGCCCUCCUCACAAUACGCGCAUAAAAGGAGCAAAUUCAUGAAUUAAAACAAACCAUUCAAAUGUAUUGGGGUGCGGUUAUUAACGCUUUGAAAAUAUUCCCAUAAUUAUUCGUAACAUUUCUUUGCCGUAGGUUAAUUCACCCACAAAGAUUAAAUUUUGAAAUGAAAACCAAUCACUUAAAAUUGAAUUUUCAAGGGAUGAAAACCCCCUUAAGAGAAGACAAUGAAAGGUUUUCAUGCAACAAGGUACAUUCAGACCUUUAAUAAGCGGUCACCCAUGGGGAAUGGCUUGAUGACCGCUUAAUACGGGUUGAACGCUAAAUACAGGUUCCACGAAAUAGGGGAAUUAUACAGAAACGAGACAUACGUCAUUUUAUGCCAUAAUUGACCAAUUGAUGCACCAAACUCGCUCAAAAUAUUACCAAAAUUAAGGAUUGCGGGACAAAUAUGGCUUAAAGUUUAGUUGAACGAUUAUUCUUUGUUUUGUUUGAGUGAUCCCACUAUAAAUGACUGUUCAGUACAGGUGGAAUUCAACACAAACAUGCCGUGGAACAGUAAUUUAAUGGAACAGUGGUGAGUGAGUCAAAAUAAGAAAUUAGCGCGAGUAAGUGAAAACUAAACAAUUAGGUUGAUUCGUUUGGGACCCAAUACCAAACAUGGCCGUGA